CUUGUUAAGAGGCGAAAAAGGGGGUUAGUCUCCUGGAUCCAUUCAAAGCCGGAGAGGACUCCCGCUCUUGUCGGGGAAUGGGAAUGAUGCUCCCGAGAAACUUGUGCCUGGCCCUUCUCAUGCCCUUCCUGGUGGAGGCUCAGUAUGAGAAGUACAGCUUCAAAAGUUUCCCCCAGAAGGACAUGAUGCCGCUGGAGUCCGCGUACAACUACGCGCUGGAGCAGUACGCGGCGCAGAGCUGGGCGGAGAGCGUCAAGUACCUGGAGCUCAGCCUGCGGCUCCACCGGCUGCUGCGGGACAGCGAGGCGUUCUGCGGCCGAAACUGCAGGUCCGCGAGCCGGGACAGCGACUCCCCGCUCCCCGACAGCAGCCUCCGCGUUGUGCGCCACAUCCUGCUGAGGGCUGCCUGCCUGAAAAAGUGCAAGGCAGAGUUCCCAGUUUUUAAAUUCUCCUAUCCACGGAGGGAUUUACUGGAAACGUUUGAGAAAAGGAUACCGUAUCGGUACAUUCAGUAUGCUUAUUAUCAGCUUAACAACAUGGAGAAGGCUGUGUCUGCAACCCACACCUUCCUCAAGAAGAACCCAGACGAGCCCUAUUUGACCAAAAACAUGAACUACUACAAGAGCCUGUUUGAUGUGGAUGAAUAUCUCAUCGACCACGAGGAGCAGCCGUAUGAAAGUGUUUUCCUAAAGAGCGUGGUGCUCUACAACAGUGGAGACUUCAGCAGCAGCGCCAGGAACAUGGAGCAGGCCAUCACGCAGUUCUUCGAGGUGUACAGCCUCUGCUCAGCAGGCUGCGAAGGCUCCUAUGAAAUCUUGGAGUUUAAAGACUUCUACCCGUCCCUAGCAGAUCUCUUCCUUGAUGUGCUGAAAUGUAAAGUGAGAUGCGAGGAGCAGCUGACGCCCAGCGUCGGAGGGUUCUUUGUGGAAAAGUUUGUCGCCACCAUGUACCACUACCUUCAGUUUUCAUACUAUAAAUUGAACGACGUGAAGAACGCGGCUCCCUGCGCAGCCAGUUACAUGCUGUUCGACCCCAGCGACCAGGUGAUGCAGCAGAACGUCGCCUAUUAUCGUUUCUACCGGGCGCAGUGGGGGCUCAAGGAGGAGGAUUUCCAGCCGCGGCCUGAGGCCCUGAGGUAUUACAACCAGACAAUCAAACAGAAAGAAAUGCUCGAGUUUGCACUGAACUACCUCCACACAGACGAUGAGGAAGUGGUGAGUCCAGAAGAAGCGGCCACCUCUCACUCUGAACACCCUGACGCUGAAUUUGAAGGAAUUGGUGACUAUGAGGAGUCCUUCCUGGCAGAGUGGUGGCAGGAACCGAAAUCUAAGUGGGACGCUGGUGAGGAGGCCGACUGAUGUCCGUUUUUAUCCGUGUGCAGAGGGGCUAACUCCUCCGGCUCCAUCCCACCUCCCAUGGCUAAAAACCAAAAAAAGACUUUUCAACUGACAUUUACAUUUCUUACAGUGUUGAGAAGAAACGGCAAAACUGAUUUUCUCCUGUUUUUUGUUUUUUUUUCCACCCAGUCAUAUUGAUCAACAUUAGAGACGGAUAUCAGCCUUAUUUAAACCGUUAUUUUCUUGCCGGUCGUCGGCCUGUGCGCUGCCAAGUGUUCACGACAUUUCUGCAAUUUUUUUCUUCAUUUCUUUUUUUUUUUUUAAUUUAAAGAAAGUUGAAUGUCCGUGUGCCAUUUUCAUAAGCAAGGUGACUCGUAACAUUUCUUAUGCUGAAUGAUUACCACCAGCGACAAUUUGGUUUUCAAGAUAUGUUGCUCGCAAUUAAAAUAUUAUUUUAAUAAUUACGA